GCGGGCACCGAGUUGUCUGGCAAGACUGCGGGCACCGAGUCGUCUGGCAUUGGAUCGUCUGGCUCGACAGCGGGCAUCGGGUCACCAGGUAUGACAGCGGGCACUGCGGGCACCGAGUUGUCUGGCAAGACUGCGGGCACCGAGUCGUCUGGCAAGACUGCGGGCACCGAGUCGUCUGGCAAGACUGCGGGCACCGAGUCGUCUGGCAAGACUGCGGGCACCGAGUCGUCUGGCAAGACUGCGGGCACCGAGUCGUCUGGCAUUGGAUCGUCUGGCUCGACAGCGGGCAUCGGGUCACCAGGCAUCAGGUCAUUUGGCUCACCAGCGGGCACCGCGUCAUCUGGCAAGGCAGUGGGCACCGAGUCACCAGGUACGACAGCGGGCUCUGAGUCAAUUGGCACGACAGCGGGCACCGGAUCAGGUACCAGAUUAUCUGGAUCAACAGCGGGCAUUGAGUCAACUGGC